ACAAGUAUAUACCCGUAGUGGGAGUGGAUUCCCGGACGAAACUCGCUAUAAAAGACCCCCUGGCUAAUCCAUCGUAGUACAGUUGUCCAUCGCGACUCGCUCGAAACACAUUCGAGAUUCUUGAACGCAAUUAAAAUGUUCGCCAUGAAAUUCUUGGUUCUGCUCGCCGGAUUGGUCGCCGCGUGUUCGGCCGGCUUGAUCCCAGCCGCCGUCCCAGCCGCUGUCCCAGCCGCGUUCGCAGCGGCACCGGUUCCAGCAGCUUUGACGGUCGGAACCUACGCGACCAGCUACAACGCGCACGCUGUUAAUCACGCGGUCGCUGCGCCGUACAUCGCCAGCCCUGUGAUCGCCCACGCCGCGCCACUCGCCUAUUCCAGCCUUCCCGCGGCUGCUUUGGUCGCCGGCAGGCGCUGAGAAUUCUCAGGCGUCACGAUUCGAGGACAAUCCGUUCGGGGGAAACAUCCGGUUACGUUUCGCACGGUGAGAUCGACCUUGGCGAUACCUGCGAAUUUCCACCAUCAGUGAGGAUCAACUUGGAUCGACCUGUCGUUCAUCUUGCAACAAUGGAUGCCGAUUACGUUUCCACCGUGUUUCCCUCUCGUUUUAUCCUUAUCCUUCCUCCUCCUUUUUUCUCGUUACCAUGAAUGUUGAUCCAUGAAUUUUUCGCCUUUCUUAUUUGCAAAAAAAAAAAAAGAAGAAAAAGAAACGAAUAAAAAAGAUCUUUAUCAAAGUUA